AUGGACACUUGCAUCCAGACCAAGAAAGAUGGUCAUGAUGGGGGAAUUUGGUUAGCCUUGAGGCAUGCCAAAGUGUCAAAAGCAAAGGUUUUACAAAAACCCAAGAAAAGCAGCCGCGAUUGGUUGGACAAGCAACGUACUGCUCUUAUGGUGGUGUCGUCAUUAAUAGCCACUAUGGCAUUCCAAGCCGGAAUCAACCCUCCUGGAGGAGUAUGGCAAGAUGACAAAGAUGGCCAUAAAGCAGGUACUUCAAUAAUGGCACAUGUUAAGAAGGAAUCACAACUUGAUCUUGGAAUAUACAAUGUAUUCUUCAUCACCAACACUGUAGGACUAGUCUCAUCUUUAACUGUCAUAAUUCUUCUCAUAAGCGGACUCCCUUGUAUGAGACUCGUCAUGGGUUUGUUAAUGGUAACUAUGUGGAUCGCGAUAACAGCAACAACAAUGACAUAUAUAAUCUCUGUUUACUUCCUGGUAUUCUUCAACAAAAACAUCAUAUCCCCUACGACGUACCUGACAUCGUCCACCAUAAAUACUGUUCUACCAACGAUAAUAUAUGUAAGUGGUGUUUGGGUAAUUGUGUUAGGAUUACUCGUCUUUGGGCACGUUCUUCGCCUCUGCUUUAGACUGAUUAAGCAAAUAAUACGCCUGGUGAUACAAGGAAUCAAAAGUACUUACGCAAAGGGAACAAAUGAAGGUGACAUUAGAGUGAUUCUGAAACUCAAAAAGUGAAAUUAACACACCUGAAGACCCAGGAAAAUGAAAACGAGGUUGACCUCACAACUUGAAAAAUACAUUCUUAAAUUUUCCUUGACA